CCCAAAAAAAAAAAUGGACAAAAUCAGCUAGAACGGUAAGUCGGUAACCACAUGAAACCAUCUGGAUUUUUGUUUUCAUAGUUCACUGGUAUACAUGAAUGACUCUUAACCCACACCGGUGGGGCGUAUCAGACAGCUUCCAAAGCCAUGCCCCCCUCCCUACCCCAUCUGAAAGUAUAGUAAGCUGGAAAUGCAAGGGGCACCAUCUGACAUAGUGCAAUGGUAUACGACACGAAUGGCAACUGUCAAAGCAGUUAGGAGGUGCAUAAAAUCUACAAGUGCCCUUUUUCACAUGCAAGUCUCGCACAACAUCGAAUUAAAAUCAUUGUCAGCACGUUUAAAAUUGGUAUAAUUGAUACGAGUAUACCCCCUUAAAAAUCAAUGAUAGUAGUGAGGAAAUAAUAAGCUAAAAUGAUGAUGUUGCUGACAUGACGAUGAUGGACAAAUAUGUUUAAUAGCAAUAACUAUCAUAUGAUUAUCACUGCUAAUAUUUUUUAGUGCUGGGUACAUAUAAGAGCUACAGGGAUUCAUCUUCAGAGCGUUAAUCCUUGUAUUCACUUUUUAAAACUGCACUGUUCUCCCAUGCAUACAAAGAUAUAUUAGUUAAACUUUUAAUUCCAAGCUCUCUGAUUAGCCAUACUAUGAAUUUGAUCAAUAUUAUUAUACCUGGAGGAAGCAAGAUCUGAGGUUCAUCUCCGCAGUAUACAUCUAAUGGAUUCAAAUUGUUGACAACACAAGUGGUAAGAUAUCAAUUUAUUUAUUUACAUGUAUAAAUGAAUGUAUGAAUUUGAAUUGGAAAAUUUUGAUGUAAUAUAAUAGAUCUAUUUUAAGUCUAAACCUUGGUAUCAUGGUAAAUAGAAGCAUUACAGGUAUUAAAAGAACUUUAAACAUUGAUUCAACUGUUGGUAUUAUAUAAUCCCUCAAGAUUUUUUUGGUCAUCAAAUGAUCCUCUCCUUACUGUUGGCCUUUUGAUAUAAUAAAUCUGUCUGCACUAUCCAGAACAAAUUUCCACUAGCUGGGUUGUGGCUUUCCCUUGGUAUUUUUCUGCAGAAACCCUGAUAAGCAAAAGACAAUGAACUCAUUCACAGGAUUAAAUCCUGUACACUGUCAUUUUAUUCAGGGAGAUAUUUUACUAGAUGAAGUUUUCCCCGUUGCAUCAAGAACAGUACAUUGUAUAUAUCUAAAGAGCAAUAAUAUUGUGUUGAACUGCUUACGACCAGAUUAUAACAAGUAUUUAUCAGCUACUUUUGGUAAGUGUGUUAAUUUCUAAUCUAUCGUCAUGAUUUAAUUAUUAUUCCUGUUUAGUUGUGUUUGUUAAUUUUUCGAUGUGGCAAAGUAAUGUAGGUUAUCAUUAUCUUUUUAUACAGAGUUGAUAGAGGGAUGCAAUGUUCCAGUAUGGAUUCGAGACAAAGAGAUGAGUCUUGUGAAGAUCAUGAUGUUGAAGUUAUCCCUGAAGCUUCUGAUCCAAGUAAUGACAAUCAAACGACUAAAGAGACACCUGCAGAUAAGACUGAAGCGUACUGCUACAUUUGUAAGAAGUCGGACACUGAAGGAGACAGACUAAGACAGUUUGAAAACACAACAUGGAAGACAGUGAAAAAUACAGCAAGUUUGCGUCAAAACUUAAAGUCUGAUAAAUAUUCAGAUGUUACAGAAAUGGUUCUGUCAAUCACUGAUGAGAAAUUUCACCAAUUGAGCUACCACCGAUUAUGUCACAAAUACUAUACAGCAGUGAAACGACCCAGAGAAAGUCAACUGUCUGAUGAUCCCCCAUUGCAAACACAACAUAAAAGAAGACGCUCAAGUGGCAACUACAAGUCGGAUCAACAAGACUUACUAAAAGGCUCUUGUAUUUUCUGCAGGAAGGUUCGCAAGAAGAGAAAAGGAAAAGAAGAACCUAGAAUACCAAUUUGUACGACAGAAGGUUGUAGCACAAUCUACAACCGUGCAGAAUCUUCUACAAACGAGAGGCUUAAACUACUCAUUCGAAGUCAAGUGGACUUGAUUGCAAAGGAGGCAGAAUACCAUAAAUCAUGCUGGCUAACCUUUCUAAAAGAGACAGAGGACAUCCAUGUCCCAACAUCAUCACAGUCACACACUUACCACAAGAGAUCUCUGGCAUCUCUUAUGAAGUACAUCGAAGAGGAGGUGGUUCAUAAGAAGGGCGCACUCCUUGUCAGUGAUGCCCUUGAAAUGUACAAAAAAGAGUACAUUGCUGCAGGAGGAGAAGAACGAUCAAUAGAGGGAUAUGGAUCCCAAAAUCUCCUCAGGAAGGUGCAGGAAAAGUGUUGCCAAGAAAUAAAAGUAGCCUUGGUGGAUCAACGGAGAGGUAAUUUCCUUUAUCACGAGUCACACUCUGAAGAUCAGGCAAGAGAUCUGCUUCAAGAUGACGAGGAAAAUAGAAAUGUGAGAUGGGCUGCCCUGCAUUUAAGAACACAGAUAUUAAAGUUACCGAAAACCAAAACCCCAAAUCCUGCCACAGUACAAAACUUGAAAGAAUGUGCCAUUGAUAUUCCACCACAGCUUGAAUUAUUCUUUAGAACACUCCUCGGUGGCAUUUCACAAUCAGACGCUCAUAGAGAAGCCAUCGAUCGCAAAAUCACCGCAAUGUCCUCCGAUGUCAUUUACAACGUUACGCGGGGGACAGUAAAACCGUGGAAGCAUACAGUACUCGGUCUUGGCCUAUCGUCUUUGACUGGAUCAAAGUUAGCAAUGCAGAUCCUCAACAGAUCUGGUCACUGCAUAAGCUACAGUGAGAGUAAAGGCCUUGAGACAGAAUUUGCCUACACUGUUGAGAGUAAGGAUCGUGAUACUCCAGAUGGCAUUCAACUCUCUCCUUAUUUAGGGACGGCCUGCGUUUGGGACAAUUAUGAUGCCAAUGUUGAAACACUUGAUGGCAAGCACACCCUUCAUGCCACAGUGGGUCAUACAUACCAAAACAUUGUCCAGGACCAAGAACUUGAAAGCGUCUCUCCAAGCCCAUUUGUGUACAGGGAAGGAAAAAACCGAAGGAGCUUUGUUGGAGCUAGAAGAGAGAUAGAACCAUUCAGAAAGUCUCUGAAGAAAGCUCAAUUUUACGGUCCUCUGGAGAAAGAUAUUGCAGGUACAUCUGCAGGGUUGAUUGAACCUCAUGAUGAUGUUGCCUCAAGUAUAUCUGACGGGGCAGAUGCAUCUGAAAUCCCACCACUGCCUUGUCAUCAUACAUAUGACAAAAUUACAGAAGUUCCAAAUCUAAGCGCAUUAGAUUUUGUCUGGUGGUGGAAAUUACAGAACGAGAAUAUUCCACUUCAUGCUGGAUUCAUGAGCAGGUUCAUCAAGGACCAACUUCCUUUGCAUCGGAUCGCAUACAUGGAACCAAUGGCCAAGUCCCCAACGAAUAAUGACAUAGUGAGGGAGACAAUGGUACGUUCUUUAAAUGUUGCUAAGGAAACUGGCCAAGAUCAUGCAGUGGUGACUUAUGAUUUAGCUGUCGCUCUAAAGGCAUACUCCAUUCAAGCUCUUGAAUCUCCAGUGUUCGACAAGCUCCUGAUAAUGCUUGGUAAUUUUCACAUCGAGCUAGCGUUCUAUGGUGCUAUUGGAACAUUUAUAAAUGCAAGUGGUAUCGAGUACAUCUUAACAGAGGCAGACAUCCUAGCAGAAGGAUCAAUGGUUGGAUUCAUCAAAGGCAAGUUCUACAACCGCUGCACAAGGAUCCAUGAGCUCCUUGCAAAUGCUCUAGAGAAGAAGCUAUAUAAUCGCUUUCUUCAGAAUGCUGCUGAUGAUGACAUUCAAGCUCUCCAAGAAGUGAUGUCCAUGAUUCCUGAAACACCCGACGCAGUGGAGCACCUGUCAAAUCCUGUAAUUGUCAAGCAUAUUAAAGAGUAUGAGGAAUACCUAUGGGCAGUUAUCGGUGGUCAUCUAGGUCAAACUGCACAAUUCUGGGCUACAUACAUAUUCCUCAUCAAUCGUCUACACCGUGAAGUACAGAGGUGUGUCAAGACAAAUGAUGUCAAUGGAUACAUUAGAGUUCUGCCAAUGCUCCUCGAGGUGUACUUUGCACUCAAUCGGCCAAAUUAUGCAAGAUGGGGGACACUCUUUCUACAGAAGCUGAGAAGUGCACACCCAAACUUCCUGGAAAUCUUGACAAAGGGAGCAUUUUCAGUCAGACGAACAAAAAAGAAUUACAGCAGAUCAGCUGUCGACCUUUCCUUGGAACAGACCGUGAACAGGGAUGCUGCCUCUCAAAUGAAAGGAAUUGUUGCUUUUCGCAAUUCAGAGAAUGCUGUGAAGCGAUGGUCAAUAGCAUUGACUCAACGUGCGAUGGCAGUCACUGAGCUGAGAUCAUUUUCCGGUCUUGACAAUGGAGAGAGUCCUUCAGUGCAGUGCCGUCCAUCAAGAGUUUGCAGAGAUAACAAACAAAUGGCAACUCUCAGUGCUACAAUAGAUGAAUUCUGUAACCCCUUCUCUCCUGAGGCACCAACAUCUUUGGUAAAUCUUGCAACUGGUCAGACAGCAUCAGAUACAACUACAACAUACUUGCUGGAUACACUGAAACGGGGAAAAGGUGAAAGAGAAAAGUUCCAAGAGGAAUGGUCAAAGGACAGCAAUCGGUUCCUGCGAUCAGUGAGACGAAUCAAAGUCAACAACUUUGCAAAUGACAACCUCAAAAACAAGAAAAACAGAGGAAAGUCUCAAAAUUACAGAUCUACUGCUGAAAGCUUGAGGGAUAUGUUUGUUCGGAUGGUUGUGGUCAUUGCAGAGAAAUCGUCAUUUGAUCUCCGCUACGUGCUUACAUACCCCAUUACAACUUACCCUCUCUCCCUAUCACAUUGUGACGGAAACCGUGUCAAGACCAGCAAAGCAACUCUUCUGAAGAAAUUAGAAUCUCACCAGUCUGUUGAACUCACCCAACAAGAUAUACCUAGAAGCUACGUCCAAGUGUACGAUGGAGGUCUACUUCUUCACUCCAUCAUAUCUCAGACACAUCCAGGAUCCAAUUACGCAUCAGUAGCAAGGUCCAUGCUCUCCGUUGUCAUGAGUGGCAAAGCAUCUGAAGCACAUGUCUGUCUAGACAAAUAUGAAGAGGGGUCCAUCAAAGAUAGUGAAAGGCGUUUGAGGGGUGCAGUAGAUACUAACUACACCAUCACUGGACCAGAACAGACCAUCAGGCAGAGUGCAUCUAAGCUUCUUUCGAGUGCUUCUUUUAAGAAUGAAUUCUCAAAAUUCAUCUUGAAAGAAUGGGGGAAGGCACACUAUUGGAAAAUCUUCAAUGGGAAAACACUCUUCGCAUCUUAUGGUGGAGAUUGCUAUCAGUACACUCCAGAUAACAGUGGAAACAUCACAGUCACACAUCCUGCCUUCCUUCAAGGGAAUCAUGAGGAGGCCGAUACGCUGGUAGCCUUCCACGUCAAUAACAUCACAUCCAAGAAUAUAAUGGUUAGGGCAUCUGACACAGACAUACUUGUUAUUUUGAUUGCUUCUCUUGGACAGCUGCGCCCAGAGGUUCGUUCAGCCAAGCUCAUCAUCAUGGACUGCGGGAUGGGAAAUAACAGGAGGUUCAUCAAUGUUUCCAACAUCACUGAUGUCUUAGAAGAGUCAACACCAGGUCUUUUAAGAGCAAUGCCUGCCUACCACGCCUUUACUGGAUGUGACUUUACAUCAGCAUUUUACAGGAAGGGCAAGACAAAGCCUCUUGAAAUCAUCACAAAGGAUGAGACCGGUCGAUUCUUAAAUCUGUUCAUCCGCAUGGGUGACCCUGAAGCUGAGGGCAUUGAUGUUGAUGUGGCAUCAGAGUUUGUGUGUUAUCUAUAUGCACAGCAUAAGGUGAAUGAUGUUAAUCUGGCCCGCUACAACAAACUGAUGCAGAUGACAGGCAGAGUUGAUGAGGACAAUCCUCUUGCAAACAUCAAACGAGUAGAUUGCGCUUUGCUGCCACCUUGUCGCCGAACACUUGAAAUGAAAGUUCGUCGGACUAUGUAUGUGGCAAGGUUGUGGAUGCGUGCUGUGACCUCAUUCCCAUGCGAGAAUUUGUCACCAAUUGACCAUGGAUGGGCAGUGGAAGACAACAUACUAGCGCCACUCUGGUUUGAAGGACCGGCAAUUCCAGAGAAGCUGAUGUUCGCUGGUCAGUCAACAGAAGAUCUUGAGCAGAGCGAAGAUGAUGGCGAAUCAUCUGAAGACUCCAUGAUUAACACUGAUGACGAGGCCUGGAGUGAGCAAAGUGAUUCUGAACUGGAAGAUUCAGAUAUCAAAGAUAAUAUGUAUUAAAGGAACUUAAACUUUCGAAAUACAUGUACACGUAUGUGAAUACAAAGCAGAAGUGUUCUACAUUAUUUGGAGAUAAGACAAAUUGCCUUGCUAAGUAAAAAUGACCCAAAGAUUUUGUGUGUGCGUGGAUAAAUGCAACAUAAAAUGUCCCUUAACAGUUACAUGUAACGGUAACAUGUAUAACAUGUAUAAUGAUGUGUGCAUGUAAUAACACAAGGAGGUUCAUGGAUUAUGAUAUGUAUUUUUUUUGUUAUAUUAUCUUCAUGCAUUUUCAUUGUGAAAUCGAUUGGACUAAUUUUAAAGUUCAGAUAAACCUGCAUACUGUAUCAUUUUUAAUCAUGUUACAUAAUUCGUAAAUGAAAAAGAAUCUGUUCAACUUUUUCAGCCACUUGUUAUCUAUUAUAGUUACCGAAUGUAGUAUAUACAAAAAAGAGCUGAACCACAUCGACAAUAUAUCAUAUGAUUUGGGUUAUGAUAUCAUAAAUACAGUACAGGCAAUUUUAUGGAGAGAAAAAUAUCACUGGUGCCAAUAAUAUAAAUUAAUGAUCACGAGUAUUCACCUGAAAAUUUUGUAAUUGGGGUAAUGUGACCAUUUAAACUGCCACGGUAAACACAAUUUAUGGUUAAAUAAUUUUGAUAAACCAUUACCUCAACCUUCUCAGGCAAACUAUGAAUGAUUUUUUUUUCAUAUUUGUCUACCAUAUGAGGCUGUUUCAAAUGAUUAGUCUUUUUUACGAAUUGUUGAUUUUACAAUGUAAUUGUGUGAAUACGUAACAUGUUCUGAUGAGUAGAAAUGCAGUCAAGGGUUUAGAAAAUUCAAAUUAUGUUCCUGCUGUUUCCUAAUGCAGGGCAGUGUGUUUUAUCAGAUAAAUUAAUCAAUGUUUGGAUUCUUACUUCUUUCAAGGUCAUGUAGAAUUUCUGCCUAAUGUGCAUUCAUUCUGUUUGCUGUUUCCUCGUAUGCUCCAUUCUCUUUUUCCAUCUUCCCCUUUCCAUCCCCUUCCUUUUCGUAGUCAUCUUUCUUUUGACUUAUUAUUUUCUUUUAUCUUUUUAUUCAUACUCUUUCAUUAAAUCAUUAAGUUAUGAUAACAUGAACAUAUAUUAAUUUAUUGUCCAUGUAACAUUGAGUAAAAUGCAUGCAUUCUCUUUAAUCCACAUUAUAUCUGUGUCAAAGUUUGUUUUUUUGUUUGAAUAUACAUCAGAGAAAAAUAUGAAAGGUAUCCUCGUAUUUGAUAGUGGAGUUGAAGAAAUAGAUGAAGGAAUUUUUAAAAAGGCAUAACAUCAUAUUCACACUUACAAUCUAUAACCCCUCCCCCAUCUCCUUCACAGCUGAUGUAGAACAGUUCCCAGUUGGUUUCAUGUUAUAUUUCCAGUUGAUAUAGCUAAAUUUCACGGGGGGGGGGUGGUUUUAGGCUUUGGGGG